UAAUAAAACUGUCUGCCAUUUAUUACAUGUCAGUUUUUAGAGCCAGCACAAAGGGAAACGUGAAUUUUUACAAGCAUAGCUUUAACCCUUUAAAAUCCACUAUUAAAAUCAACCACUUCUAGCUUGUGUUACAGGUUAUAUAUGGGAUAAAAGUGCAUAUGAAAAAAAAUCCUACAUACGCACUCAUCGGCCACUUUAUUAAGUACAUCUAGUUAGUACUGGGUUGGACCCCCUUUUCCUCCAGAACUGCCUUAAGUCUUCAUGGCAUAAAGUCAACAAGGUGCUGAAAACAUUCCUCAGAGAUGUGGCUCCAUAUUGCCAUGAUAGCAUCACAGUUUCUGUCAGCUGCACAUCCAUCCAUCUCCCACAUCCCAAAAGGCGCUGUACUGGAGUGAGAUCUGGUGACUGUGGAGGUUAUGUUAUGUUAUUCUGCUGGAGGCAGUCAUCCUAAGAUUGAUACACACUGGUUAUAAAAGGCUGAACAUGGUAAGAUUGUGCAUUUAAAAAUGCUUAAUUGGUGCCAAGAGGGCCAAAGCGUGCCCAGAAAAUAUCCACCACUUCAGUUUGAACUUCAGUUUUCACAUUGCUUAAAUGCACUGAGUUUUCAUUAUGCGAUUGGCUGAUAAGAAAUUUGCAUUAACAAGCAGUCAAACAAGUGUCCCCUAAUAAAAUGACUAGUUAGCCUAUAAUCUCCAUCAGCUUGUUCAUCAGUUUAUAAGAUUUAGUACAAUGCUUCAGCCUCAGUGGACUGUAGUCACUCCAGCUGUCCAGCCAUUCAUUUUCCUAAUCAAAUUUUGGUCUCAGGCAAGGCAGACUGACCUGGCUGAUAGGAGAGAGGUGAGACGGAAGCGCCUAUAGAGGAGCAUGUCUGUGGUUCCGAGUGUGGGAGGAGACUGGAGCACACAGGGAGAACCUGUAAACUCCACAGAGAAACACUCCAGCCGACCAGGAAGUGAGUGCUAACAUCUGCACCACUGCGUAGUCCUCUCAUCCUGCCACUGAAAUUGAGACAGAGAGAGAGAGAGAGAGACAGAGGGAGGGAGGAACAGCCACCUAACAAGUGCCAAACUUGAGGCCAACCUCUCCUCCCAUCUCAUUCUUUCCUACAUGGGCACUCUGAUGGGUUUGCAGACAGCUCAGUUUGCAGACUGAAGAGAGAACCAAGACGAACACUGGGAUCACGUAAGGAAAUCGUCAAACUACUCUACAAAGAUCUCCAGAGAUUUCUCAUCCUCUAACAAACUUUAAAAAGCAAAAUAAGAAAGUUGCAAUGGCGACACCCAAAAACACUCCACGAGGUGCAAACACACCACUUUCUCCCAACCGGAUCACCCGUCUCCAGGAAAAGGAGGACCUCUGCAACCUCAACGAUCGACUGGCCGUCUACAUCGACAAGGUCCGCUCUCUGGAGGCUGAGAACGCCGGGCUGCGUCUGCGCAUCACCGAGUCGGAGACAGAGGUCAGCCGGGAGCUGACGGGUCUGAAGGCCGCCUAUGAGACGGAGCUGGCAGAUGCCCGCCAGACACUGGACUCGGUGGCCAAAGAGCGAGCACGGCUGCAGCUGGAGCUGGGCAAGCUGCGAGAGGACCACAAGGAGCUGAAAGCCAGGAACACUAAAAAAGAGUCAGAACUGGGGGGAGCCUUGCAGAGGCUCAAAGACCUGGAGGCUCUGCUUAAUUCGAAGGAUGCUUCCUUGACUACGGCUCUGGGAGAAAAGCGUAACCUCGAGGUGGAAAACAGGGACCUGAAGGCGCAGGUUGCCAAGUUGGAUACCAGCUUGGCCGAUGCCAAGAAGCAGCUGCAGGAUGAGAUGCUGAGGAGGGUGGAUGGAGAGAAUCGCAUCCAGACUCUGAAAGAGGAGCUGGAAUUUCAGAAGAACCUUCACUCUGAGGAGCUACGGGAGGUAAAGAGGCGUCAUGAGUCCCGCAUGGUUGAACUGGAUAAUGGCCACCAGCAGGAGUUUGAAUGCAAACUGGCUGAGGCACUGGCGGAUAUGCGCAACCAGCAUGAGCUGCAGAUUAAAAUGUACAAGGAUGAGAUCGAGAAGACCUACAACACCAAGCUGGAGAGUGCUCGUCAGUCAGCAGACAGGAGCAGCCACCUGGUUGGGGCAGCACACGAGGAGCUCCAGCAGAUCCGAGUACGCCUGGAGUCCACGUCGACUCAGCUCAGCCAGCUACAGAAACAGCUGGCAGCUCGUGAGGCAAAGAUCAGGGACCUCGAGGAUGCUCUGUCGCGGGAGCGGGACAGCACGCGUCGCCUUCUGGGUGAGAAGGAUCGAGAGAUGGCAGAGAUGAGGCAGCAGAUGCAGCAGCAGCUCGAUGAGUAUCAGGAACUCCUCGAUGUUAAGCUGGCCCUGGACAUGGAGAUAUGCGCCUACAGGAAGCUGCUGGAGGGAGAAGAGCAAAGACUGCGUCUUUCGCCCAGCCCUCCUCCUACCAGGGCGGCGGGAAGUCGAUCCUCUACUUCUGGAGCUCUCUCUCGAUCUAUCCACCUCAGCGCUCAGAACUCCCCUGCUAAGAGACGUCGCCCUAACGACACCGACAGCGAGGCCUCCAGCUUCGCCGGUGGAGCCGUUUCCCGCACUCGCAUCACCCAGCAGGCCUCGGCCAGUGGACGUGUCACUGUGGACGAGGUGGAUCUGGAUGGGAAAUAUGUCAGACUCAGCAACAAAGCUGAUGAGGAUCAGAAUCUGGGGAACUGGCAGGUGAAGCGACAGGUGGGAUCUGGCACUCCCAUCGCCUUCAAGUUCCCAGCUAAAUUCACCUUGAAGGCUGGUCAGAGGGUGACGAUCUGGGCCUCUAAUUCUGGUGGAACUCAUAAUCCUCCAUCUGACCUGGUGUGGAAGAAUCAGCCCUCCUGGGGCACCGGAGACCUCUUCCAGACUACUUUGAUCAGCACUAACGGAGAGGAAAUGGCAAUGAGGAAGGUCACCCGCACUCAGUUUGAAGAAGAAGAUGAUGACAUGCAGGUGGCUCACAGCACCUGUGGGGACGGCGAGUACAACCUGCGGAGCCGGACGGUCGUGUGCGGCUCAUGCGGACUUCCUUCAGAUAAAUCCAGCAACUGCUCCGUGUCCUCUGCUUCCCGAUCCUUCCGCAGCGGAGGCAUCUCCGAGGGUUUACUGCCCCACUCCUACGUGUUCAGCACGAGCACACCUCGCAAGACUGGAGGCAGAAUGGAGAGCUGUCCAAUCAUGUGAAGCCCUGGGGCCACUACACUACAUUUUCUAUAGCUUCUUAGGUAUCAGUUGUUGAGUUGUCUGGUAUAGUUUUUAGUUCAGUUUAUGUACUUUCAAUUUAAUUUCAAGUUAUUGAAUGCCAGAAAAUGUUAUACUGCUUUUUAUAAUGUACAUAUGCAUGAAUAAGAAUAAUUUUUCCAGAGCCUAAAGGUUAAUUUGGGGUUAGCUUUGUUUGUUUGUUUUUAUAUUAGGGACAUUUAAGGUUGGAAAAUGUAAACCAGUUACUUUAACAUUCAUUCGUUUUAAAAACUUAAUUCAAAUUAAUUUCAUUAUAACCUAUAGACACUCUGACACAGCGGGGUUGUGAUCAGUUUACAAUUUUACCAAAAUUGAAAACUUUAUUUUGAAAACUUUUUUUUUUCAUUAAAUCUUCUUACAUGGUGAAGGUAAAAUGAACCCAACCUUGCUACAGAUCUACAGAAUAUUGUCGGGGUUUUUUAUUAAAAUGAAUAAA